AUGGUGCACCUUGAAGAACAACUUGUGCCAGUUGCCACCAAGCCGAAAGUGGAGAAGGUUGAGACUGGCAUCAUCACAAGUGGCAAAGCUACACGCAUUGUUGAGAUUUACAACGAGGAUGAGACGGAGUGCAUCACGAUCGGAGCCUCCAGCAGCACCCGCACACCAGAAGUCCGUGAGAUUGUGAGCAGUUUCACCAAGAUCGAUUCGGAGAAGAUUCAGCUGGUCUCGAAGGUGGGCGUCUUCCCCGUGAAGCAACGCUUGUCGGAUGAGGUGGCGAGUAAAGUGGUGGCCGUGGGUGUGAAAAGCUUUCAGAGGCCGUAUCAGAAGUACGAGCACCCCAUCAUCGUGAUUGGCGCUGGUCUAGGAGGCAUGCAGACCAUGAUCAGUUUGAUGCACUCGGGACGCAAGGACUUGUUAUGCCUGGAGCGGCUGUCCACUUUUGGUGGCCACUCUUGGCUGGUGGUGUCCAACAAGUACACCAAGCUACAGACGGAGAGCGGCAACUAUCAUGUGGACUACAUGCUUCCAGAUGUCCCGGCCACGACCGAGGUGGAAGGGGAUGCCUACAAGACAUGGCCCACGCGAGAUCAGCUGCUGAAGAUGUUUCGAGAUGCCGCCAAGCGGCAUAACUUGGGCACAGUCACCAAGUUCAACACCAACGUGGAGAAAGUUCGGCCACUUCCCGAUGGCGAUGGCUAUGCCGUGUACACAUCGCCGAGUCAUGGGGAGGGCGAAUCCGAGCUCCUGGUGGCCUCCGCCGUGUUAGCCUGGCCUGGCAACUUGUGCAACCACCGCGAGAUCGAGUGGCCUGGAGAGGAGGACUUUGGGGGCUACAUCGCCUAUGCUUCCUUUUCCAAGGUGGAUUAUCGAGAAGCUGAAGGAAAAGUCUGUAUCCUCUACGGGCACGGCGCCUUCACCAUUGAAAACGUGCGUACGCUGUGUGAGCAUCGCUGCAAGAAAGUGGUGGUGAUGUGCCGAAAGCGCAACUUGUGUGGCAUGCGAGUGAUGUCCUGGCUGGUGGGUUACUUGGAAAUGCCGGUGCCCGGCACCAUCCUACUGGAGGGCAUGCAGAAGAUGUAUGACCUCGUAGGCUUCGAUUGCUGGUCGGCCCAUAGCGUGAAGACUGAUGAGAAGCGAACUUUCGCUCAUAUCUCCCAGAAAACUGCCUUCGGGGUCACCGAUGUCUAUUUCUUGGCGGGAUACUAUGGCCUGAUGGAAGUGAUGGUCGAUGAAAUUAAGCGCUUGACCAACGGCUGUGCACAGACCAAGAAGGGCAAGAAGAUCAAGUGCCAAGUGAUCUUGAAGGCGGUGGGUGUGAUCCCAGAUCCGCAGAUUGACAAAAUGCUUGGCCUGAAGGAGCUGGUCGGCCUUUGGGUGAACGGUGAUCCCCUGCGGGCUGUGUGCUGUAACGGGAUGUUUGUGGAAGCCCAGAACUUCGGCAGCUUCGCGUCCGGGCCUCCUUUCGCUCAGCUGGCCCGUGCGCUUCGAUGGUUCGUGGACUAUCCUUCAGACUUUGAGGUGAUCCGGCCCAUCCUGCCGAAGCUGAAAAGCAGUCCGGAGAAACCCGCCUACGUUCCCAGCGCCACUCACAUGCUGCCUACGUUCUCAUCCUUCAACCUGAUUCCGAUGAUGGCGGCAGAGAUGUCGGUGUACAAUGCGUUGAAGCAUCUCAAGCAGAGGGCCAGACAUCCGCCAAACAAAUACAUUGCGGAGUGCCGCGCCGAGUGGGAGGCAUAUAUCAGGCAAUGGAAGAAGGAUGGCAUGAUCGACGAUAGCAAACCAGACCCGCCAUAUCCCUACACGGAAGAGAUGGUACAAGGUUGGAUCGAUCGCACUAACCUGGAGUGGAUGAGAAAACAGGCACGUCAGCAGCAGGCCGCUGGCAGGUGA